AUCAGAAUCACGUAACGCUAUCCAUUUCCUACCCCAACCCCUGAAAACUUCCUUGGUGGCUUUUGCUCACUCCCGCUCUCCCCUCUUCUCUCUGCUCCAAUAGCCAAGGCUCCACUCACUCUGGUCUUACAGGGCUUACGCUUCUUGCGCCUUACCCUUUUCCGCCUCAGCUCAGGCGUCUUUUUCGAGUCGUUCCUCGGGAGUUUCGGCAAGUCUCUAGCCCCCAUUACGCAGUUACUGAUCCCUCGCGCUCUGAUCUGUGCCGUGUUCUUUCCUUGUCGAGAGAGCUUACGAGGAUCAGCAUAAGAAUCUUGCCGAGAGGCUUGUUUCUUAUACCUCUAGCUUCUAGCUAGCAGGGCGAGACCAUGGCUGCGGCUGCACGAGCGGCUGCUUACGUGGCAGCGGGGAGUAUAGCGCUGUCAGGCCGACCUCAGGGAACCCGAAGAUGGUCCGCCAGUAUCUCUCUAAGCGGCGGUUUGGCACUUCGGCGGAACGAUAGAUGCGUUCGCCAGGCUCCGCGAUCGCCGAUGUGGGUCUGUGCAAUGGACGCCUCCUUCGGCGACGAGGCGCCAAAGGUGUUCCCGCGCAUCGGGACCCGCGACCCGUACAAGCGCCUCGGGCUCGGCCGCGACGCGUCGACGGAGGAAAUCACGGAGGCGAAGAACUACCUGGUGGAGGAAUACAAGGGGCACGAGCGGAGCCGCGAAGCGAUCGAAGAGGCUUUCGAUAAAAUCAUCGCGGAGAAGUUCAGAGAGAGGCGGAAGACUAAGAUCAACCUCAAGGCUGAUCUCAAGAAGAAGGUGGCUGAGGCCCCUCCCUGGAUUCAGGCGCUCAUCGACAUGGUGGACGUGCCCAAGACAGCAGUCAUUGCACAGCGGGGGGUGCUCUUUGCGCUCAUUGCCGUCUGGAGUAUCAUGAACCCCGCUGAGGGCGGGCCUGCAUUCCAGGUUGCGGUGGCUCUUGGUCUCUCAGUGUACCUCAUCAACGAGCGACUUAAGAGCAUCACCAGAGCACUCAUUAUUGGGUUUGCCACGCUUGUGGUGGGUUGGAUCACCGGUUCGUUCCUGGUGCCGUUCAUCCCGGAGGGCAUUUUCCCUGGGUUCUGGAGUCUGGAGCUGGGCACGUCCCUGGUCACCUACGUGUUCCUCUGGUUCUCCACCACUUUCCUCAAGUGAAAACGGAUCUACACAUCCACUGUAGUACUACUGAGACUCUGAAUAGAUGCUGAAUUGCUAGAUAAUGCUGGAAUAUCAACUCCUGGAGUUUGGAGCUUGACACGUCCCUGGUCGCCUACUUGUUCCUCAAGUGAAAACGGGAUCCAUAGUAGAGUACUGAUUGGUGGAGAUUGUAGUACAAGUUAACCAUUUCGGGUAAACAUCUUGUAAAUGCCACCAGCAGUUCAUGUAGGACAUUAGGGAGGGAACCUUAGUAUUUCGAAUUUGUCAAGUUGACUUUAAA